UUUAUCACUGUCUCUCCAGCUCGUGUCCCAAAGAAGAUCCUGAAGUGUAAGGCAGUGUCCAGAGAACUGAACUUUUCCUCCUCAGAGAAACUGGAGAAGUUCAGACUGGAGCAGAAAGUUUUCUUCAAAGGGCAGUGUCUAGAAGAAUGGUUCUUUGAGUUUGGUUUUGUUAUCCCCAACUCCACCAACACAUGGCAGUCUCUAAUAGAAGCAGCUCCAGAAUCCCAGAUGAUGCCAGCCAAUGUUUUAACUGGUAAUGUGAUCAUAGAGACCAAGUUCUACGAUGAUGACCUCCAUGUCAGUACCUCCAGGGUACGACUUUUCUACGUCUGACCUUUGACCCCUUACACCUGACUCUACCUUCCAAAAUGCUGAUGUCCUGCCAAGGUCUAUAAAUUACCAAGGUUAGCUACAAUUUGCAGCAGUAAACAGCUCAUUGCCGACUUGGGAUCAGCACAUUUGGGUGAAACACAGCUGUGGUCCCACAGUGAAAGAAGUGAGCUUUGUGUAUGGUUGUUCUCUUGUUUUGUGUUGACCUGAAAACGUCUUCUAGACCUUGAGAGGAGAGGAAAGAGGAGGAGAAAGCUCUAUGUUGCAUCCUCUGUUCCAAGAUCUUCUCUCUGCAUUUCUCCUCCAAAAUGCUCCACUGUAAAUACAUUACAACUGAUCUCAAGUCAGCCAGGGAAACACGAUUGAAAUGACACGAAUUAUGGUUUUUUAAAAUUCUGCCCUCUCUCACUCCAAGGUUGCAUUUACUCAGGAACAUACAGAAACCGUACAAGCGUACCAGACCUGUAACCUGUCUGAUCUUCUCCUUUCUGUCUAAACAUGGAAACACUGCUCUCUGUGUGUCAGCCGUUUAAACACAAGCAACAUGUCAGUGUCAUGGGAAGAUGUAGCUAAGUGUCUCUUUUUAGCUACGUUCAAAAGUUCUUCAUCAUAAAACAUUUCCUUUAGCUGUGUCCCAUUCCAGAGGCUACCUCGUGUCAGUUUAUCAUCAUAGGUAAAUAAGGCUGUCCCCUGUUUACAUUUGUAGAACCUCAAGAUCCACGGUUCAGUUUUGUGUUUCUAUUUAUUAUCAGAGAAAUGGAAAUUAUACAGAUUUAUUUGAACACAUUUACUUUGUCUGCCAACAACUCAACACUGAAAGGUGGUCUCUGUGAGGCCAAGUACUGCUCAUGUAGUUUUAGUCCUCUGAAGGAAACACCUUUGCAGGCAGCCUCUGCAGCGGGGCACAGCUUCUAACCCUUUCCUGUAUUCUGACUCUGAACUAGUUUAGAACAGUAAUUUUUAGUGUAGUGUGAGGGACGACUAAGCGCCUGUUUUUAUUCUAGUCCACCACAAGAGCAGCUGGUUUAACAGGAUUGCUUCUUGUCUGUUGUUUGGAAUGAAAACCUGCACACUGUUGUCAUGAUGACAUAUUUGAAAAGCGCUGUGUCUGAGGAACAUUCAUCAGUAAAGGUGGUGGUAGUGGGGGGGUUUGUUACAUUCAUUUAUGUGCUAGUACUUGACUUUCAGAGGUAUACUUUAUUUAAAAUAUUCAACUAAAUCAUCAUUAGGUGUAGACCGAAACAUGCAUAAAUGAUUAUUUCUUUUUUACAAAUUUAUCCCAACUAGACCCAGAUGUUAAACAGCCGCUUAAAGUUUUUAAUGCAGCUCUGCUCUGUACAUCCUGACUAGAUUUUUAACUUUGAAUUUCCCUCCACUACACUACAUUCAUGUCAUGUUUGUUUUUUCUUAGCUGCUAACUGAGCUGUGUAAAAUAGAUUUGUGUUUUAAUAUGACAGGAUCUGUGAAUUAAAGUCAUCCAAUGUUACAUGCACGUGUGUGAGCUGAUCAUGUUUGACCCCUCAAAACCCUUUAACAUAGUGACAAAAGUGCAUUGUCAUCUUGCAAAAACAGCUAUAUUCUGAAAACCUGAGAUUUUGGAAACACAAGGGGACUGUUGUCGGUCAAAUCAUAUUUGGUUAUUUUUGAAUUAUAAACACAGUGUGACUACAUCUGUUUAGGUUCAGCUAAUUCUUGAAGGCUUACUUGUACUGAUGUUAAUUGAUACAAGGAACCACCCCUGUGGUUUAGUUGAGACAGGUUAUUUUGUAGAUAGUAGAACAUAUUUAAGGGAGUUUUUGUUUGUCAGUAAAGAGGGAAGAUGUGUAUGAUGUAGUAUUAAGUUUGACUUGUGUUCCAUAUUCCUCACUUCAGCCAAGUUAACUAUAAAGGUGGUUGUUGUUUUCUUUGCAACUUGUGGAGUUACAUGUGUCUCAUGGUUGCAUGGUGUAAAUAAAUCACUUUUUUAGUCUUUGA